AUGUUGAGAGCGGUACUGAGACUUACACAGAACAGGGCCUUUUCCCGAAAUUGCGUGCGCAGAUAUGCUCAAGCUGGCCAAACCAUCACCAAACCAAACACAACGGCCUCUGCUAAUCCAAGCACAUUAUCUACUGGCUCACUGAUUGACGCACAAGCCCCAUUAGGACAAGUGCCCCACUUGCCAGACGUGGAGGGAAAAUCCACCUUUUCAGAUGUCUUGAACCAAAACAAGAUGAUGUGGGACAAAUCUGACGACCCAAUGAAGACAAAGACUCAAAACACCAAAGUCCGUCACUUUACAAUCAACUUUGGUCCUCAGCAUCCUGCUGCCCACGGUGUCUUGCGUCUUAUCUUGGAAUUGCACGGUGAAGAAAUUAUCCGUAGUGACCCACACGUUGGUUUAUUGCACCGAGGCACCGAGAAAUUAAUCGAAACAAAGACAUAUAUGCAAGCCUUGCCAUACUUUGACCGUUUGGACUACGUCUCCAUGAUGACCAACGAACAAGUGUUUGCAUUGGCCGUGGAGAAGUUGUUGAAUGUAGAGAUUCCAUUGAGAGCCAAGUAUAUCAGAACAUUGUUUGGAGAAAUCACCAGAGUCUUGAACCACUGUAUGUCAGUAUUGACCCACAUUAUGGAUGUCGGUGGUUUAACUCCUUUUCUUUGGGGUUUCGAAGAGCGUGAAAAAUUGAUGGAGUUUUACGAACGUGUUUCCGGUGCUAGAUUGCACUCGGCAUACGUGAGACCAGGUGGUGUUUCACAAGACUUGCCAGCAGGUUUGUUGGAUGACAUCUACAUGUGGGCCACACAAUUUGGUGACCGUAUCGAUGAAAUUGAAGAAUUGUGUACUGAUAACCGUAUCUGGAAAGAACGUACCGAAGGCGUUGGUGUUGUGACCGCCGACGAUGCAUUGAACUACUCCUUGAGUGGUGUUAUGUUGAGAGGAUCGGGUAUCCCAUUUGACGUGAGGAAGUCUCAACCAUAUGACGCUUACGACCUUGUCGAUUUCGAUAUUGCCGUUGGUCUCAAUGGUGACUGUUAUGAUAGAUAUUUGAUUCGUAUGGCUGAAUUCCGUCAAUCGUUGAGAAUUAUUUUCCAAUGUAUCAACGAUAUGCCACAGGGACCAGUUAAAGUUGAAGACUACAAGAUUAGUCCGCCAUCUCGUGCAAUAAUGAAGGAGGAUAUGGAGGCAUUGAUCCACCAUUUCCUUUUGUUCACCAAGGGUUACGCUGUGCCACAAGGUGAAACAUAUACAGCAAUUGAAGCACCAAAGGGUGAGAUGGCUGUCUACGUUGUGAGUGAUGGCUCAGAAAGACCAUAUAGAUGUAAGAUUAGAGCUCCUGGUUUUGCCCACUUGGGUGCGUUUGACCAUAUCGCCAGAGGUGAGUUGUUGGCGGAUGCUGUGGCCAUUAUUGGUACCAUGGAUUUGGUGUUUGGUGAAGUUGAUCGUUAA